AUGUUGCCAGAUAUAAAAGAUCUGCAAACUGCAUUUUCGCAUAUCACGAAGCCCUCUAAAAAGACCUUUAUCAUUUUAGAUGCCUUAGACGAAUUUCCGAAGGCCAUACGCGGGACCCUUCUGUCUUGGAUUGGCGAGCUCACGGCGGAUCAUAUGGGAUCACUUUCGAUUCUUGUCACUAGCCGUCCCGAGGCCGAUAUAGCGAGAUCACUGGAACCACAUACUUCUUUUGCAAUAUCGCUACAAUCCAGCACUAUCGAUCCGGAUAUCCGCGCAUAUAUACGGAACUCUCUAGUCGGCAAGGAUGGCUUCAAGAAGUUUUCACAAGAAAUCAAGACUGAGAUAGAGGAAACGCUAGUUGCUGGUUCCCAGGGAAUGUGGGUUAUGCCCGCCCAUUGAAUUUCCACUUAUGCUAAUCUUGUGGCGCGUGUUUUCAGGUUCCGAUGGGUAGAUUGUCUCCUGCGAAUUCUGGAAGAAUGCAUAACACCAAAAUCUGUGCGGGAUGCAUUGAGGGAACUCCCGGAAGACUUAGAUUCUAUCUACGCGAAGAUCCUCGAUACCAUUCCUAAGAAGCAGAAGGAGUAUAUUUGUCGAGCGAUGAAUUGGCUAGCAUUUUCGGCAGAACCAAUGACCCUAGGCCAGCUCGCGGAGGCCAUUGUGAUAGAAUACGAUGUUGACAAGUAUGGCGAGGAUUCGGAAAAUCUUUUUGACACGA